AUGGUCGUAGUCUUGCCCGUCAUCUUCUUGGCUGUGUUCUUGGACGACUCCCUGCGACCGAGAGCGCGUGCCGAGAAGUGGUCCCCGGUAUCCGGAAGCAACACCGUGACGCUGUGCGAAUUGUCCGGUGAGUCCGGAAGUCGAUCUACCAAGUCGGCUGGAUUGCAAAGCGUGGUUCCUCAAGCCACUGCUGGAUCAGAAAGCGUAAACAGUGAUCCGUGAUGCGACGCGGGUCGCGUGGUAAAAGCGUCUUUUCGGAUUUGAUUAUG